AAAGCCAAUGUCCCCCCCCUCCCCCCACUCCUGCAUUAUUGCUGGUUUUGCGAUCUGCCGCGGAUAGCCCGGUGCAAUUGGUACAUACUAAUGGAACUGGGAGAGAAAUGCAAUAAUUUUGCGAUAAUGGGCUGUAACCUCGAGUCGACCCCAGCCCUGCAGCCCCUGGCUGGAAGCGUGAAGAUCUAACUAGUCUCCAGAGGGUGGCGCAAGAGUCCGACUGACAGCCAGGAGCUGGGCGCGAGAGCGCGCCUGGGGCGCGCGCGCCAACCCUCCAGCAUCCACCCAACUCCCCCAUUAGUGCACGAGUUUACCUCUAGAGGUCAUCAGGCAGGAUUUACGACUGGACAACAAAAGCACGUGAUUUGAAGCCGUACCCCAUAUUUGGGUGCCUACGUAGGAGGGAACCAAGUACAUGUCCCAGUCAUUUCCAUAAUUCAUCAUAAAUUGUGCAAGGGUGCUAUAGACGCACAAAACGACCAAGAGCCACAAAUCAAGCACACAUAUCAAAAAACAAAUGAGCUCUUAUUUUGUAAACUCAUUUUGCGGUCGCUAUCCAAAUGGCCCGGACUACCAGUUACAUAAUUAUGGAGAUCAUAGUUCCGUGAGCGAGCAAUACAGGGAUUCAGCGAGCAUGCAUUCCAGCAGGUACGGGUACGGCUACUCAGCUUCCAACCACUUUGGUGCCAAUGAAAAAUCUUGCAAUUACCCAUCCAAUGCCACCUCUGCCUCGACAGAGCCCAGGUAUAACCAGCCUGCAACGUCUUCACAUUCGCCUCCACCUGACCCUCUGCCCUGCACCGCCGUGGCCACUUCGCCUGUCAGCGAGAGUCAUCACGGGGUGAAAAACUCCAUAGCUAACUCCACCAGCACUUCGUCCAAUUCCAGCAGCAGCAGCAGCAGCACUCACAUAAGCAGAGAGGGGGUUGGCACGUCGUCUGGCACUGAGGAUGACACCCCAGCAAGCAGCGACCAGGCAAGUGCCCAGAAUGACCAAAGCACAGCUCAGCCUUCACAGCCCCAGAUCUACCCCUGGAUGCGAAAACUGCACAUAAGUCAUGACAACAUAGGGGGACCAGAAGGAAAAAGGGCUCGGACUGCUUAUACCCGGUAUCAGACCCUGGAGCUGGAAAAAGAAUUUCACUUCAAUAGAUACCUGACCCGCAGAAGAAGGAUUGAAAUAGCACAUGCUCUUUGCCUCUCAGAGAGACAAAUAAAGAUCUGGUUCCAAAACAGGAGAAUGAAAUGGAAAAAGGAUAAUAAGCUGAAAAGCAUGAGUAUGGCAGCUGCAGGAGGGGCUUUUCGUCCUUAAGAAAUUGAUCAAUUAAAAAAGUACUGGGCAGUAUUAGUUGACCCUGCGUAGAAUGUCAGUACUAAGUUGACUUUCUAAAACUUCCUUGUGUUACUUCUGUGAAGAAACCUUGUUCUUGUCGCCCUAAUUCAUCUUUUAAUCAUGAGCCUGUUUCUGACCAUUCUAUCGCGUGUAUAAGUAGACCUGCUUCCCCUACAUUUCUUUGUCUUGAAUGGCUUUGUCUUGACAAUUUAGAUGUUUUAACUUAUUUAUAUGAAGCGAGCUGUGUUACUUGAAGUAACUGUAAAAAAAGAGAGAGAAUCCCCCCUCCUUUAGUACCAAUGUUAUGUGUUGCACUCAAUUUGCUUAACUUGUGCAUGUGUGUUUACGUGUUAAUAACUGUAUAGCUCCAAGCUGUUAAAAUAUUUUUAUUCGAACUACCUAUAUAAUUCUUGUGUAAUUCAUGCUGUUGUAGAGGUGAGAUGAUGAAAUACAACUGAACUUGUCCUGCGUGUAGUGAAUAGUGAAUCUGUGACGAAAACUGUGAUCCCAAGCAGUAUGUCCUUUGCUGUGCCUUUGUAUGACUCUUUGCACGAACUCCUAGAAGUGGCUCUUAUUAAGCGCAGCUUCAGUAAUGUAUGGUUUUGUGAACAAAGUUACAAAUAUAGUCCAAGUCUGGCUGUCUGAGCAAACUGUGAUCAAAUUUUUUUGUAUUUGUUUUUUUUUUGUUUGGUUUUUGUUUUUUGUUUUUUUUAAACCUGACUGGAAACAAACAGACAAAAAUAAAUAAAUAAACUUUCUAUUGUAAGUUCUCGUGGUCUGAUUUGGAAGCUGUACUUCCUGAUUUGCUACUUUCUUCCCCGUCAGCAGUGCAGAAUGGGUAAGAUUUUACCUGGAUAGGACCUUAUGCUACGCUUUGCAAAUGAUAGAAGUGCAAUUAUCCGAUAGCAAUCCUUUUAAUUGAAACUUUGACCAUAAGUUCCUCCUUAAUGGUUUCUAGUUAGGUGGAAAACUGCAUUGCAGAACCACAAUCAGCACUCUCUGUGGGUGAAUAAACUGGUAGCUGGCUGGUGAUUGUUGAAAAACAUGUGCUUUGUUAAAAUGCACUCUCAACCCCAGAGCGUGUUUGCCUGGCUCUAUAAUUACUCGUGUGCUUUAAUUAAAUAUAUUUGCAGGACAGCCACAUCAGAGAUCUUUGCGUCUAUAAGCAACACCCUAUAGCCGCCACCUUCCCACUCUUCACCCUUUAAAGCUACUUGUUUUUUCGCUACAAUUAGUUUUCUAUAAAUGUAAUGUU